CUUGCAUGUAUAUUAACCGUUUAUGGAUCUCUCUUGCAUAUAUAUGCAUAUGUACACGUUGUCGACUCCAGACUUCCUUCAUAUAUCCAUAGUCAUAGAUUCAAUUUGCUGAAAAAUUCUAGAUAGUUGGCUCAUCUGUCUACACCCACGAAACUAGAAGGAAAUAAUUUAAUCAAUGGAUGGGAUGGACUUAACACCCGAGUCAGCUCAAAAGUUGUUUGAAGGAGACGGAGGAGCAUAUUACAUUUGGUCGAGUUCAGAUGCUCCGGUGCUUGCUGAGGCCAAGGUUGGUGCAGGCAAGCUUGUUCUUCAACCUCAUGGCUUUGCACUUCCUCACUAUGCAGAUUCCUCCAAACUGGGAUAUGUUCUUCAAGGUGAUGAUGGAUUAGUAGGAAUGGUAUUCCCUAACACAUCAGAGGAGGUGGUGGUUAAGGUUAAGAAAGGAGAUGUGAUACCAGUACCAGUUGGAGCAGUCUCAUGGUGGUUCAACAAUGGAGAUCGCUCUGAGGAGCUUGUUGUUGUUUUCUUGGGUGAAACUGCCGGAGCUCACAUUCCCGGCCAAUUUACGUAUUUUUUGAUUGCCGGAACCCUAAGUCUACUUGCAGGUUUCUCAACUGAAUUUGUCAGCAAGUCCUUCAACAUCACCGAGGACGAAGCUGAUGACAUCACCGAAAGCCAGACUGGGGUUUUGAUCAUCAAGCUAGGUCAAGAUGAAAAGACCAAAAUGCCCCUUCCCAAUCAGAAACUCACCCACACACAUGUUCACAACAUUACUAGUAGUAAAACUACGGCCACAUUGACUGAGAAGGAAUUCCCUCUUCUUAAAGAAGCUGGGUUAAGUGCGAACCUCACGAAACUCGAGGCCGACGCAAUUAGCUCUCCAAUUUACGCACCUGAUUCCACAGUCCAGGUGAUUUAUGUUGCUCGAGGGAGUGGCCGGAUACAGAUUGUGGGUGUUAACGGUCAAUGUUUGUUGGACGCAGAGGUAACUGCCGGCCAACUGCUUGUGGUACCAACGUUCUUCAUGGUUGCUAAACUUGCAGGACAAAAUGGGUUGGAAUGUUUCACUGUCAUCACCAGUUCUCAGCCUGUCCUGGAAGACUUAGCUGGAAAGACGUCAGCACUGGGAGCAUUAUCGCCGGAGGUACUACAAAUAGCCCUUAAUAUAAGUCCAGGGCUGGAACGACUUCUCAAGUCAAAGAUUAGAAAGGGCUGAUCGAUCAUGAUCAACGGUUCAACGGCCUAAUAAUUUAUCUUAUAUAUAUUAAUAAGCAGAUCAUCAUGCAUGAUAUAUUACUGCAAUGCAAGAGUGCGGUCGGAUCUUUCUGGUUAUCUUUAUUUUUAUGUGAUUUUCUUGAAUAAAAUUCUGCGAAUGGAUUACGGACGUGACAAUGUAA